GAUGAGUUCGCCACGUCGAACAAGAAUAAUGUUUGAUACAUCUUCAGACGAUUCUCAAUCAGAUGAGAAAAUCGAUGACUUCAUCUGCCGAUCCAGUCCUCAACGCCAGUCAAAAGAAAGUGACGACCAGGAAGAUUCAGUUGUCGAUGAGUCGAUGAAAUCUGUAAAUUCGCCUAUUGUCAAUACACCAUCUUCAACAGCAUCGCAUUGCACAAAUAGCUUCGCCACUUCGACGCCAAAAUCCAAAUCGAAUGCUUCAACGAGACUCGGUUCUUCAUAUGGAAGUUCCAGAAGCUCCUCGCAAAACCACGAGAGCCAUGAUCGCAGUCGGAGUUUUGUACAAUAUGACGAGAACAAGCCACUGACUCCAAUCAGCAAAAAACUGGCGGAAUCCACUGAUCUGCGAUCAAAAGCUCAGCUUCGUGAACGUCUCCUCCGCAAAUCAUUGAAGCAAAAUGCCGAGGAUAGUUCGCCAACGAGAGCUGCAUCUGGAGGUGGAUGGGGAUCGUCUGCUGACGUCAAGAAAUCACCAGAAGUUUCCACUGGACUUUUUGAAACAGCUCUUUCUCCUAUUGCUAAAAGUGAUCGCCGUUCAUCAGAAUAUAACUCGAGCACAUUUUUGAAUGUCCAGAAAGUAGCUACUUCCACGGCAAUAAACGAUAUUGGCGGAAGAGAAGAAAUAGUUGAUGAAUCAUUUCCUGCACCUCGAACAACGGCUAAACAAGAUGAUAGUGACAUUAUCGAAGUGACUCCAGAGAAAGUUGUUUCGAAUGAAAAACGGAAAUCAGGGAUUGCCAUUAACUUGGAUGAUAGCGACAUUAUUGAUGUAACACCAGUAAAAACAACUUCAUCGAGACCACCAGAGCCACAACGUCCACGACUGCCAACUUCGCCAAUUAACUCGGAGUACGCGAAGCUUUCCUACAAAGAGCUUUUGGCGAAAAAGAAUAAAGUUAUGGGAUUAAUUUCGUUAUCAUUAGAUCUACCUGAUGGUGGCAGACGGGUAAUUAAACAAUUUCAAGAGCUUGAUGAUGAAGUGGAGAGAAGAAAAGAAAUGGGACUUGCUGAAGAGAUCGUCGACGAUGAUGAGGAUGAUGAAAUCUUCGUGAUUGAAGAUGAUGAACCGAGUCAUCGACAGGUGGCUCCAAAGUUCCCUUCCGGAUCUGUCAUGACUCAAAAUGGUUUGUUGCCAAAAAGACAUAUCGUGGAUCCUCUCAAAGCUCCUCAGCCAGACUUCAAUGCCAUGUUGGAGAAGGACAACAAGAAAAUGAUGUCUGGAAAGAUGACCGAUGAAAAAUACAAACGCAUACAACUCGUUUCUGAUCGAGUAGUUCGACAACUUGCUGAGGCCACUCACACAAUCCCCGAUGAAACUGAGCUCACGGACACUCCGAAAGGAUUCAAACUUGAACUGAUGCCACAUCAAAAGGCAGGCCUAACCUGGAUGCGUUGGAGAGAAACUCAACCACAGCCUGGUGGAAUUCUUGCGGAUGAUAUGGGUUUAGGAAAGACGCUUUCGAUGAUUUCUCUCAUCGCCCAUCAAAAAGCUGCUCGUAGAGCUCGCAGAGAAGAUGGAAAUGACGAUAAAGACAAAGAAAAACGUAAAGUGGUAAAAGAGCAAGGACUAAUUCCGUCGAAUGGAACAUUGAUUGUUGCUCCUGCAAGUUUGAUUCAUCAAUGGGAUGCUGAAAUCGAUAGAAGACUAGAUGACAGCGUUCUAUCGACAUACAUGUUUCAUGGCACAAAAAAGCAGAGGGACAUCGAUGCAAGACGUCUUGCUCGAUACGAUGUCGUCAUCACCACGUUCAAUCUUAUCGCAAAUGAAUUAAUCGAAAAAAUAAGGACUAAAUCAAAAGCAGAUGAUUCAUCUGACGGUGAAUCGGAUUCAAAUCAUACUGGAAUUCGUAGAGCAGUUGGAAAAGACGACUCCGUUCUUGCUCAGAUCUGUUGGUCUCGAGUCAUUCUUGACGAGGCGCAUACCAUCAAAAAUCGGCAGUCUCUUGCUUCGAAAGCUGUCUGUCGUUUAUCAGCAUUCUCUCGAUGGUGCCUUUCUGGAACUCCGAUCCAUAACAAUCUCUGGGAUCUUUACAGUCUCGUUCGAUUCUUGCGUAUUCGUCCAUUCAGUGACGAUAAAUAUUGGAAAGAAUCGAUCAUGCCAAUGAAACCAAUAAUGGCUGAUCGCGUAAAUUUGCUCACAAAGAACCUGCUUCUUCGUCGUACAAAGGAUCAAACAUGUGCUGUGACAAACCAGAAACUAGUUCAGUUACCACCGAAAAAUGUAGAAGUCCACGAAUUGGAGUUGGACGGAGAUGAAGCACAGGCUUAUGAGAUUAUGAUGGAGGCUGCCAAAAAAUUCGUCAAAAAACUUCUGCAAGAUUCCAAUGAUAUGAAAAAUCAUGGAUUUAUUCCUCGUCGCAAUAGAAGAGCAGGAAAGGAAGGAGAAGUUCAGAAUCCUUUCAAUUUUGGUCCACGUGAUUUGGCAGCCGGCUCGAACUUCGAAAAGAUGUCAUGUGUUUUGAUGCUUCUUCUUCGUCUUCGACAAGCUUGUGUUCAUUUCAAUAUCACAAAAACAGGAGUCGACAUGGACGCUUUCAGCUUAAUCGGUGGAGACAAUGCGGAGGAAGCGAAUGUGGACGAUUUGAAUGAGUUACUGGAGAAAACUAUGAACAUGACGUUGGGAAAUGGUGACAAUGAAGAAAGAGACAAACCGAGGGCUACAACACGAAUUUUCGAUCCGGACUACCUGAGCUGUAAAAUUAAAAAUACACUUGAAAUUGUUGAGAACAUUAUGGAGAAGAAAGAGAAAGUUGUCAUUGUUUCUCAAUGGACAUCGGUUCUCAAUUUGAUCGAAAUUCACAUAAAAUCAAGUGGUUUCAAAUAUACAUCAAUUACCGGACAAGUUCUGGUCAAGGAUCGUCAAGAGAGAGUGGACAGCUUUAAUCGGGAGAAAGGUGGUGCUCGAGUUAUGCUUCUCUCUCUGGCCGCGGGAGGUGUUGGGCUCAAUCUGACAGGUGGAAAUCAUUUAGUGAUGGUGGAUUUGCAUUGGAAUCCGGCUCUCGAACAGCAAGCUUUCGAUAGAAUUUAUCGAAUGGGGCAGAAGAAGGAUGUUUUCAUUCAUAGAUUGGUUACGAAAGGAACGAUCGAACAACGAGUUGUAAUGCUGCAAAAGGACAAAGUCGCGCUAGCUUCGUCUGUUCUCGACGGAAAUGCUACUCGCAAGAUGAACAAAUUGACGACGGCAGAUAUCAAGAUGCUGUUCGGAUUGAAUGAAAAAUAAUCUUCAAAACUAUUAUUCCAGCCUUUAUGUACAAUAUUAUCAUUCCUCACCCGCACACAUUUCAUUUCUGUUGUAAAUAUUCAUUCAGCUUAUGGAUUGCAAAAUUUUAUUUAUUGCAUAAGUAUUACCCGUGAUUAUUUCUAUAAAGCUUGCAUGGAUUUG